AUCAUGUCUCUGGGGACUUUGAUUGAACAGCUCCCUUGUGAUUUAGCAGAUCAGAUAGCUUCAGCUUUUGCAAAAUUACCUCAGAAAAUCAUCUGGAAGUACAAAGGGGACAAACCAGCCACUCUGGGCAACAACACUUUACUGGUUGACUGGAUGCCACAGAACGACCUCAUAGGUCAUCCCAAAAUCAAAGCUUUUAUAGCACACGGGGGAAUAAAUGGAGUUCAAGAAGCCAUAUACCAUGGAGUUCCCAUCAUAGGACUUCCAGUAAUUUUUGAUCAGCGAGAUAAUCUUUUGAAAAUGCAACAAAGAGGAGCUGCCAAGUUAAUUGAUAUCUUUAGUAUGGAUGAAAACACUUUUCUUCAGGGUAUUCUGGCAGUCCUUCAUGACCCAUCCUACAGAAGAAACAUGCAGAGACUUUCCAGACUGCACAGAGACCAGCCAAUGAAACCGCUGGACAGCGCCCGCUAUUGAGAGUUUAUCAUGAGACACAAAGGUGCAGCUCACCUGAGAACAGAGUCGUACAAACUGCCCUGGUAUUCCUACAACUCUGUAGACGUCGUGCUGUUCUUAGCUGGAGUUGUGUUCAUUACUCUGGGAACUAUUGUCGCCUUCAUGAAGUGUCUAGUCUUCAAACUGUGCCUGAGAACCAAACGCAAAUGUGAUUAAGAGAAAUUACCCCUAUGAACAUGAUAGAUAUGUGUGAUAAACUGAUU